UAAGCCCAUAUUUACAGCUUGCCACACUGAAACAUCAGCCAAAUCAGCGAUGAAUGUGAAGCAUCUAAGUUGGUUAACGCUCAGCCUGCUGCUGCUCCUGCGAAGCAGCGCAGCAAAGGAGCAGGAGCUGGAGCUGGAGCUGGAGCAGGGACAGGAUCAGCAUCUGGAGGUGGGGAUGACGACUGUGGGCGAGGCAUUAGCUAUGGAUAUGGCCACGACGCAUACGAUGCCCUCAUCAGCAGCGGAAAAGUCCUUGGCGCAGGACGAAAUCAAAACUGAACCGGAACCGGAACCAGAAUCAAUCAAUCCAACGGAAACCAAGCCAAUGGAACCGGAACCAGAAGCGGGCGUAGCAGGGGAAACCAAGUCAAUGGAACAACUGGAUACCAAAAAUAAGCCUGAAGCGGAACCAGAAGCGAGCAAGCCAAAGGAAACGAAAUCAAUGGAACAGCAGGAAAGGGUAGCUGAACCGAAACCGAAACUAGAAGUGGACACAUCAAGGAAAAUUGAGUCAAUGGAACAGCCGGAAACUGAAACGGAACCGAACCCGAAACCGGAAGUGGAACGAGAAUCGAUCAAAGCAAGGCAAGCCAAGGCAAUGGAAGAGCAGGAAAAUCCAACUGAGCCGCCAGCGGAAUCAGAGACUGGCAAGGCAGAGGCAACUGAGUCGGUGGAGCAGCAAGGGGAUAAAAAUGAGCCCGAACCGGAACCAGAAUCGAGCAAGGGAAGCGAAGCCAAGGCAAUGGAAGAGCAGGAAAAUCCAACUGAACCGCCAGCGGAGCCAGAUGCGGACAAAGAAAUAAAGCCCGAACCCACCAAAGCAGCUCAGUCUGAAGAAUCCACUCACUCGAUGGACUACCAGGAUGAUGCAGCGGCGCCGCAUGAGGCGACGACCCCAGAGACACCAGCUCCAAUGACACCAGCUCCAACGACACCAGCUCCCACUUUGUCAGCUGUUCCCGCCGUGAACCAAGUGAAUCUCUCGAUGCCUCUGCUGCCCAACAGCUGCUUCAGCUGCUCCAGCUAUCGGAAUGGCAGCUGUCUGCGGCAGCCCGCGGAGCGGCAGCAGUGCCCACCGAAUGCCAAACGCUUUGGAUGCUAUACACUCUUCAAACGUGACACACAGCUGAUCAUGCGCGGCUGCACGUCGGACCUGACCGAGGAGGGUGACAAAUAUUGCCGCCAGGAAACGGAGCUCUGCAAGCUGUGCACGGGUCCACUCUGCAACAAGGAGCUGGCUGCAUUGGCCGGCGCCGCCCAGCUCCUGGGCAGCUUAACUAUCUGGCUUCUAUGCUUUAUAGCUGCGUUGGGGCAAGUCUAAGAGCUCAGCUGGAGUCGCUUUUCAGGUGUAUAGCGAUAUUUUUCAAUUAACUCUUUUAUUACUUGAAAAUUAAUACGGUUGUUUUAUUAACUUUCAUUCCUUAUCUAAUCGUUCAUAAUGAAUGUUUCCUAGAAAUCCAUACAUAUCAUAAUCGAAAAGUUAAGAGACUUUCGAGAGAUAACAAAUAAAUAAUGGGUAUAUAGAUUUAUAUGCCUAUCCAUAGAAAAUUUUAGAUGUUUGGCAAUUUUGCAGAU